ACCGACGCACCAAAUCAUAGUGCAAAGAUUUAAACGAGUAUUGUCGAAUCAACUUUCCCGUCACCAGAAAAAAAACAUCGAGUGACUAACAAUAAAUAAACUACGUUGCGGGUUGACUGUUUUCGUUGAGGCGCGAACAGAGGUACAAACCACCGGUAUCCACUCGUUCGAGGUUGCGGUGUUCAUUAGCGGUAUUCGUCAUCCUCGGAACGGUUUCGAACGCGAAUUAACAGCUCCUCUGUUUAAAAACGUCGAGAUCGACGCGUCAAGAUGCGUCGGAAGCUCGAGGGUAUAUAAGAGCGGAAGGAGAGCAUUGCUGUUCAGACAAAAGUUUGUUCGCGAUUUCAUCUCAUCUCCGUGACCAACCAUGAACACGAGGGUCUUCUCUCUUUGGAUCGUCUUUUUGCAGUUGGUGCUUGUUUUGGCGAUGCCCGUUGCUGAACCACAAAAUGAUAAUCUAGAAUUACUGGCUGCCAGGGACACCGUGAGGUACCCAUACGUCUUCUGGUUCCGCAGACCGUUUUAUGACCAAGACUACGACGGGGGUGAUAAUACCUAUUAUAAUCUGCCACCCGAUCGACGAUCUUCCACCAUAUCUUACGCCAAUGUUGGAGCUGGAUGGGGUCGUUAAAGUUAAACCACAAACAAUCAUCGCACAACAUGACGUCACGUGUAUCAAUUUUCAUACUAAUUUAAUACUAAAUCCUAAGUUAUUGAUCUCUGCGUAUAAACGUUGUAAAUAAAUGAUGAACUGCGGAUACAUAUGAACUAGCUCGUAGAGAAUUUUGUAUUUUCGUAUGUUGUCAUAAUAAAUCAAACGAUGAAA